AUGGCCACAACCAAUGAACCUCACUUCAGCUACGACUUGGUGCCCCUCGCCGAUGCCGCGACUCACAUUCGCCUGCUUGAGCUUUGCCCGGUUCCUGACAAUAACGAUGAGCUCUACUGCAAACUGUACUCUGCGCCCAUCACGGACUUGCCAAGGUACAGCGCUGUGUCAUACGCAUGGGGCGAGAACACCAAAACCCACAGCAUCCGGAUCGUGGACUACGACCGGGCAAAAACAUCGACGGAAGAGGGUCUUCAACACAAGCACGUACACACGUCUAUCCUCCCCAUCACAUCGUCACUAGAUACCUGUCUACGCCAAUUCCGUACAUACAAGGAACUUCGCUUAACACCUCUCUGGAUCGACCAAGUCUGCAUCAACCAAGAUGAUGAUGAAGAGAAGUCAUGUCAGAUUCAACUUAUGAAACAGAUCUACUCGUCGUCAAAUGAAGUUUACGCCUGGCUCGGUCUAGAUGCUGAUGGCUCUGACGAGGUCAUCCAAGCCUUCUGCCAGGUUGCCGAGUGCAUGUGGGACUCCGGACUCUUUGGCGGCAAACGCUCGACGAAAUGGUUUCCUGCCCCUCGCGCCAUCUUUUACAACCGGAUAGAGACCCCCGAGGUCCAAGCUUUGUUACGAAAGGUUAUACCGAUCGUCGUCCCGCUGUUGGCUGAGAAGAAGAUAUUGGCUUGGUAUAAGAGACGCUGGUUUUCCCGGAUAUGGACCAUCCAGGAAUUUUGUCUCAACCAGUACACCUUCUUUGUCUGCGGCGACAGGGCAGUCCUGGAUGAGAUAGUCCUGCUGGUUUGGGAACUCUUUCUCGUUCUUCCCGACUUCAAUAAUGACAGAAGAUUCCGGAACGCCUUCAAAGACAACCAUCCCGAAAUUCUUUCUCUGAAAGAUUCGCUACCGGCAAGCCUGAUCCCGCCUCCGAUGCAGCAUCUGUUCGGAACAAAAGGGUCGUGGAAGCGUGGGAAACAGACCACGCUACGAGAACUACUCGAAGAUGUAUCCACGCGGCUUGAUCUAGGCGACAGCCGCGUCGACAUUCUCUCUACCAAAUACCGUGACAGAGUAUACGGGCUGCUUGGUCUAGCGAGCGAUGCCGAGGAGCUCGACAUUCGGCCGGAUUACAGCAAAACGACCACGACGGCGCAGGUGCUCACUCAGACAGCACGCAGUAUCAUCAAAAAGGAAGGUAGCGUUUACAUUCUCCGCUUUGCACAAUUUCCCAAACACAACGUCGAGGAUGCGGACGAGGAUGGACAUCAACAACACCCGGAACAACUACCGUCAUGGGUCCCCGACUGGGCCAACGGGACGCACUACAGCUACCAUUUCAUCGACAACAUCUACUCAGCCUGCGGCAAGUUCUCGAACCAAGUUGACCUGAUCCCUACACCUACCUCCACCCCUUCGAUCCUCGGACUCCGGGGCUUGGUGGUCGACGAGAUCGAGGCCGUAUGCCGGCCAUGGCGUCAAGAGUGGGGUUUGGAGGGAUAUCACCGCUACAUCCUGCAGUACUUUUCCAUUAUCAGGGACAUGAUGCGUCGCUCGGCAGAAAAGAUUUCUAGCUCCGGUGACGACGAGAUAUACCCCGACAACCCGACAAGACGCAACCAAGCCUUCUGGCGCGUACCCUUAGGUGACUUGUACAUUAACGGCCCCAGGAAAAGAGGAAGGGCAAGCGCGGAGGAUGUUGUCCCGGUAUUUAGGGAGUUGAUUGAUCAUUGCAAAUUUUGCUUUGAAGUGGAUGAGGAACAGCAAGAACUACGAGAACAGCAACAACAGCAGCAGCAGCAGCAACAGCAAAGUGACAACGACAAAGACAACGACAACCCUAGCGACAACAAGCCACCAUCACCCGAACUAGACCAGGAAACCCUCGACUUCCUGUCCAACCGGUGGGAAGACCUUCGCGCCAAAGGAUCCUACCUCCACAACAUGAUGCACAUGGACAGGAAACGCCCCUUUCUUACGGGGAAAAAGGGGUACCUGGGAAUGGCUCCCGGACAUGCGCAACCUGGUGAUGUUGUGGUUUUGUUGUGUGGGGAUAGUAUUCCUUAUGUGCUUAGGCCUGUCGCGACCGGAGCCGGUGACGGGGAUGGAGGUGGAGACGGGCAUGGAGACGGGCAUGGAGAUGAAGAUGGAAGGAAUAACGGAAGGUACUACACUAUUGUAGGCGAGGCAUAUUGUGAUGGGAUCAUGGCUGGGGAGUUGGAGGGGAUGUUGGAGGAGGAGGAGGAGGACGAUAGGGGAAAGAGGCAGGAUUUCUUUUUGGUUUAA